AUGGCCUUCACGUUUCGACUGGUGAAUGGGAGCAUCUUCAUUAUAACGCCAGGAGGAUCUCGGCACCGUGUGGUUACUAUGGCUGAGCUGGAGCUGAUUCCGGACUCCGUGUCCCCACGAGAUGAGCCGGGCACAACAUCGAAGAGAUCUGCGCCGAACGUAGCAGUUGCUGUAGGCCCUGGACAAGCUUCCUCUGUGGUGUCCAGACAGGCCAGAGGCGCCAACCCGAGGACACUCCGAUCCGCGGUCAAAAAACAAACAACAAAACAAACA